AUGGCAACACAGUGGGUUCUAGGGAAGGUCUCCGAGGCACUUGCCCCGACCGUGUCGAGUACGGUUGCAACUGCAGGCUCAUUUGCUGGUGGAGCGGUCAGUGCAGUAGGAAAUAGCAUCAACAGUGUAGGUGAGGGGAUCAACAACUCUAUUCGCCGGUAUGGGGACGGAGUGAAGGAUUAUGGUAAUGCCAUCAUGGACUGGAGCAGGGCGGAUGGAAUCCGAGCGCAGACGGCGAGCAAUCCGCUUGGACUGAGUGCAGGUGUCACUGGUGGCAAGAGACAGGUGACCAGUCCUCAGGUCUAUCGGGCGCCACCAAAGACCAGUCCGUCCAAGACGUUGAUGAAGAAUGCCACACCUCAGAAGAAGAUCGAAGCUGGCACCCCGAAAAUGGCAUUGCCGGCACCUGGACCCAAAGCCGAUGCUGUUACCAAGAAAGCAAGCUCAACUGUUGCUGCUCCGGUUCAGAAACAUGUUUCUGCUGUGACGCCCAAAGCACCGACCGCGACCAAGACAGCGUCGACACCCAAUCCGGGCGCCAUGAGGAAGAAGCCUGUCGAUGCGACAAGCAACAAGAACGGUGGCCUCAAGCAGACAACUUCGGUCAAAAAAUCGACGCCUGUCAAGUCCAAUGGUGUCACUGCUUCCAAACCCGCGAAUCGACCCAAAGUCAGUGGAAACCCUACCGCAGCAGCAAAUCCCCUCGGUUUGAAUUUCUAG